CAAAUAUUCUGUUCUUCAUCUGUAGAGCUGAGGAAUAUAAACUGUCUGCUUGUUAUACGAGCGUUUAGCUAUGUCUUCGGCCAACAAGCCAUUGUUUAAAGUUCCUCCUCCGUUAAAGACAAAAGUCUCGCUCAUAACGAACGACUACGAUCUGUCACAGAAGGUUUUAGGGGUAGGAAUCAAUGGCAAGGUUUUAGAAUGUUUCGAGAAGAAAACAAGGCAUCGAUUCGCCUUGAAGGUAAGCAAAGGUACACAGCUAUUGACUGUUGCAAGGAAGAACAUUGGUACGGUUGUUUUUAGGCUUUUGAUGUCCCUGGCCUCGGCAAACUCUUUUCCAUCGUUGAUUGUAAUUAAUCACUUCUGAUUCUUUCAUUGUGGGAGGCCUACCAUUUAAGAUAGGAUUUACUCAAUUUCUAACUUAAGAAGCACACGAUCAUUUUAUUAUAUUCUUAAUACAUAUUGCUCUUUUAAGUGCUUAAAAGUUUUAUGUAUUUUAAUAUGCGUAGUGUGUAAUUUUGGUAACUAUGGCAUAAUUUUUAAGUACGCACUCCCUAUUGUGUAACUACUCUGGUUUUAGUUUUAAACCUCUUGACUCACUGUUUGAAUCAAUAAGAGGUGUUUUAAGGUUUGUGGAGGAAUUCCUUCCUACUUUUGUGUGUAACAAAAGUUCAUGUUCUUGAUUUCGUGAAAAUUCGGUGGUAAGUAUUGCAAAAGGCAAUCCAUGUACGUGCUGAUAGGUGAAUUAAUUAUUUGUGAUUUGAUUUUGUAGCACUUCCUAAAACAUAGGGAUAUAGGAUAUUAAACAUAGUUUUCAUUCCACCGCUUCUUGUAUUAAAAUCCAUGCUGGGAAUGACCAGUUAAAUUAUUUUUGAAACUGAAUUAUUCAUUUUAACCCCCCCCCACCCAAAAAAAAAAUAAAAAAAAAUUGACUUUUCCCCAUAGCCGGGUAUAAAUUUAUGUAUAUUGAUUGCUUUUGUAUCAGCUGCUAUUUCAAGAUUAUUUUGCCAAGGUCACACACACCUAGCUUGCCAAACAAAACAACCUAGUUGAUUGAAGGAAAGACUGAGAAAUCAGGUUUUGUCAUGGGCCAGCCAGUAGCCAGUAAAAUGUUAUGUCUGGGUUUGAUAUUAACCUCUUUUUUACGUUCUAACCAUUUUAAAGUAUGGAACCUUUAAUAAAAAGUGCAUCAAGUCACCCUUAGAAUUUCCGUAAUUUUUCAGCUUGGUUGGGUACCCGCUGGAGAGAACAUUUGCGUCAAUAAUGUUGUUGCACUGUAUUAUUAUGCAGAACAUAAUUUUUUCUAUGAUAAAAUGAGAAAAAAAUUUUUCAUUCAUGUUAAUACCAUGUCUAAUAAUCUCAAGAAUGCUCUUAGCUAAUAAUUAACUGUAGAGGCGAUACCUUACAAUUCUGACUAGACCAUUAAUAUCAUCUCCAAAUAACAUGUGGCACAUAUGACAGGUUUGAAUCACGAUGUUCCUGAUACAUUGAUUGCCCAUUUCACGUAAGGUUUUAUACCAGCUGUUAAUCUUAAUAUUGAUCUAUUUUUCAGUUUAAGCAUGGGUAAAGCUUCUACUUUUAUUUAUUAAUGUUGAUUUAUUAUUGAAGCCAACACAAACUAAAAUAAGUGUAAAAAGUCACCAUUUUGGGAUAAUCGUGACAUAAGUUAUCAUCAUCAUCAUCAUCAUUAUUUGGGUAGGAUAUAUACUUAAUCAACUUAUUAUUCAGUUGUUCAGUUACUGUCUGGCCUAAAAAGCAUACUUACUAACUACAGUCCUAUAUUUCAGAAAAUCUCAGUUGUUUUGUUUAUAUCUUAAAGGUUUUACAAGAUAAUUCCAAAGCAUGGCGGGAGGUCGAACUUCACUGGAAGGCUUCUGGCUGCCCAUAUAUUGUUGGAAUCAAAGAUGUUUAUCAGAACAAAUAUGGAGGGAGCACUUGUCUUCUUGUUGUCAUGGAAUGGUUUGUUGAAGUUUCAUCUCAUAUAUUUGUUUUUGCCUUACUCAGCAUUCGGUGUUCUCCUUGUCAGGCNAUUCCAAAGCGUGGCGGGAGGUCGAACUUCACUGGAAGGCUUCUGGCUGCCCAUAUAUUGUUGGAAUCAAAGAUGUUUAUCAGAACAAAUAUGGAGGGAGCACUUGUCUUCUUGUUGUCAUGGAAUGGUUUGUUGAAGUUUCAUCUCAUAUAUUUGUUUUUGCCUUACUCAGCAUUCGGUGUUCUCCUUGUCAGGCGGUAACCCGUAAAACUCACUGCUUGAAGCAACACUUCUUACUGCCUGCAACCGCAGGAAGUGUUACUAAAAAUAAUAAGUUGUUUCAAUAAUAAAAAGUAUGCACAGCUAUUCUCUCUGAUUACUGACUGAAUUCUUUCAAAGCACUGCAGACUAACAAUUUAUUGGUGGGUUUCUCUCCCAAUUCUAGACUUCCUCGACCAGCAGGAAAAUUGCACAACUUCCGUGGCUUAUGUUACUAAAUUGACCCUAAUGGCAAAGGCAGCCUUCAUUCAUAAAAUUCUCUGUUUUGAGGUGUUUAAAAUACUUCUUGGUCAAUUGGUUGACAGGAUGCUCAAAAAUAACAGCCGUCAAGAACGUGAAGCACCCCCCCUCCCCCACUUGCCAGGAGAGAGCCCCUCUGGCGCAUACUUUUGGCUUUACUGGUCAAGAAUGGUCCCUUACCUGCUGAGCUAAAAUUUAGGGAGAACACUGAUCAUUAGUGAAUUAUGUUGACAUGUAUGGCUCAAAAGCUUUCAGUGUUUUAAGUGCUCUACAUGCCUGUGGUGUUUGCAUUUACUAGUGAAUAUGAGAAAGGUGUCUGAAGGUCUGACUUGUAGAAAAUCUAACUUAUAUAUGUAUGGAAACUGAAUCCAGAUAUAUUAAAAAGGCCAUUUCCAAGUUGCCGCGAGGCUCUGUUUUAAAUUGAGGCUAAGUGCAAAGCUAUUGAUAUGAAAAUAAUAAUAAUUUUUUUUCCUCGUGGAAGUAAAACUCAUGCACACAAGAAGGGUUUGCACUUAGCGUCGUUUUGAAAGUAAGAGAUUUUGUAACUCAGAAAUGGCCUAUAAUUGUGAUAAAUGUAAUCGGUACAGUAAAAAUCUUAAAUAUUUAAAUUAAUUUUGAUACUCUUUUUUGUAGCAUGACUGGCGGAGAACUGUUUGAGAGAAUUCAGAAGAGAGGUGAUUCUCCUUUUACUGAGAGAGGUAGGUGCUUUUGCUCGACCAUUCAAAAUACUGCGACAAUAUUCAAAACACAAUGCCAUAAUUACUUUAAAUUUAUUUCUAAUUCCCAACAAAGACAGAAAACCUGUGGUUUGGGGUAAGGGAAGUUUUGUCACCUACUGUGGACAAAGUUUAAGGGCAAGCAGCUGUCAAAUUCCCCAUACAUUAUCACUGCCCAAUCAAAGUUAAAAGGUGUGAGACAAAAGGAAAAUGAUUCACAACUGAGUGGAGUCGUAAUUUUGAAACAACUUCCCCUCAUUAGCAUCAUAGCAAAUGUAUAGAAGCAGUGUGGACAUACUUCAUGCCCAUCUAACUUAAAACUCCUCAAGGUCUUGCUAAUCCGCAAGUUUUCUGAAUAUUAAGUUACAUGCGAAGUAAAUUCUCAUAUUUCUCAUUAACAGAGGCAGCUGCUGUUGUGCGUCAGAUUGCUUUGGCAACAGCUCAUUUGCAUUCAUUAAAUAUUGCCCACAGGGACUUAAAGGUAUGUAUCAUGGGUAGCAGGUGGGUUGUUCUUUAUUUUUCUUUCUCGUGUUCUGCACUUGUUCUCAUGCUUUGUACUCACUCUGGCGCACUCGCUUCGCUAACGCUCCCCGAUGUUUUUGGAAAGAAUGAAAAAAAAAAAACACAUCUGUGUACGGGCUAGGUGGGUUAUGAACCUGCCUGCAUAUGUGUAGUUGGCUUCUACGAUGGCCAUACCUGAAAGUGUUAAUUGCUAUUUUCUUGUGUUAUCCCUGCUUGUCUCUCAUUUGUCAAUAUUUUCGUUUACAUAAGUUGAUUUUCAAAUUUUCCAAGGUUGCUGUGAAUACACUACAGAUCAGUGAGGUUGCACUCCAUGUACAUACAUUAUUUUCUAUUUACAUAUCACCUUAACUGGGUGUGGGAGCAAGGGCACUGCCUGGAAAAGCAGGAUAUCAAAGUGUUUUGUUAGCCCUGAGUGUUCUGUAAUUUAAAAUGUCCCAGCUAACAAGAUUGAGUUGCACUAACAGUAGGUUUACUUUGUUAAUUUCACAGCCUGAGAAUCUGUUGUUUGUUGAUAAUUCCCCCAAUGCAUUAUUAAAGCUGACAGAUUUUGGGUUUGCGAAGGAGACCACUGCUGGUUUGGAUCUUAAAACACCCUGCUACACUCCUUACUAUGUUGGUAAGUUAACUGGUAUUGUUCCUGUCUGGAAAGUUGCAUUUCCAACACCAGGGAAAUUAUCAGUGAUACUGUAGUUUUCUUGUUUACUUUGAAUUGUCACUUCUUACUAAUUUAUUGAUGUUAAAGGCAAGACUGCAUUUUUUUCCCUUUGUAAUCUCAUUUUACUGGCAAAUUUACACUUGCCCUUCACAAUGCUGUAUCCACAUUCUUAAAUUCAGGUGCACAUAGUGGGGAAUAUUUCUACUUGUACUUAAAAAAAUGUUCCUGUUAAGUUUCUAGUUUAUUCUGAGUUGUCAUUAUAUUAAUGCAAGUGUACCAUAAACGUUUUCAAUAAAGUCGUCAAGAUAACAAGGGUAGUUGUUCUCAGAUUUUUCUGUACUGUGGUUGUUCUGGGGCUGGCAUAUUAAUCUGACUGACUUUUUUUUUGUUAGCUCCUGAGGUGCUAGGUCCUGAGAGUUAUGACAAAAUGUGUGAUCUAUGGUCAUUAGGAGUCAUCAUGUAUAUUCUGUAAGUAUGGUUCCCUUGAAUCAGACAAACUUAGCUGAUAUUCUUCUAGCCCGGGUUGUUCAAACGUUGGAUAGCACUAGCUGCCCAUAUAUUGUUGGAAUCAAAGAUGUUUAUCAGAACAAAUAUGGAGGGAGCACUUGUCUUCUUGUUGUCAUGGAAUGGUUUGUUGAAGUUUCAUCUCAUAUAUUUGUUUUUGCCUUACUCAGCAUUAGGUGUUCUCCUUGUCAGGCAGUAACCCGUAAAACUCACUGCUUGAAGCAACACUUCUUACCACCUGCAACCGCAGGAAGUGUUACUAAAAAUAAUAAGUUGUUUAAAAAAAUAUGCAAGUUGUGACCCAGGCUGAUCCUCACAAGAAAAGGAAUUAAAUACGGAAUAAUAAAAAGUAUGCACAGCUAUUCUCUCUGAUUACUGACUGGAUUCUUUCAAAGCACUGCAGGCUAACAAUUUAUUGGUGGGUUUCUCUCCCAAUUCUAGACUUCCUCGACCAGCAGGAAAAUUGCGCGACUUCCGUGGCUUAUGUUACUAAAUUGACCCUAAUGGCAAAGGCAGCCUUCAUUCAUAAAAUUCUUUGUUUUGAGGUGUUUAAAAUACUUCUUGGUCAAUUGGUUGACAGGAUGCUCGAAAAUAACAACCGUCAAGAACGUGAAGCACCCCCCCUCCCCCACUUGCCAGGAGAGAGCCCCUCUGGCACAUACUUUUGGCUUUACUGGUCAAGAAUGGUCCCUUACCUGCUGAGCUAAAAUUUAGGGAGAACACUGAUCAUUAGUGAAUUAUGUUUACAUGUAUGGCUCAAAAGCUUUCAGUGUUUUAAGUGCUGUACAUGCUUGUGGUGUUUGCAUUUACCAGUGAAUAUGAGAAAGGUGUCUGGAAGGUCUGACUUGUAGAAAAUCUAACUUAUACAUGUAUGGAAACUGAAUCCAGAUAUAUUAAAAAGGCCAUUUCCAAGUUGCCGCGAGGCUCUGUUUUAAAUUGAGGCUAAGUGCAAAGCUAUUGAUAUGAAAAUAAUAAUUAUUUUUUAUCCUCGUGGAAGUAAAACUCAUGCACACAAGAAGGGUUUGCACUUAGCGUCGUUUUGAAAGUAAGAGAUUUUGUAACUCAGAAAUGGCCUAUAAUUGUGAUAAAUGUAAUCGGUACAGUAAAAAUCUUAAAUAUUUAAAUUAAUUUUGAUACUCUUUUUUGUAGCAUGACUGGCGGAGAACUGUUUGAGAGAAUUCAGAAGAGAGGUGAUUCUCCUUUUACUGAGAGAGGUAGGUGCUUUUGCUCGACCAUUCAAAGUACUGCUACAAUAUUUAAAACACAGUGCCAUAAUUACUUUAAAUUUAUUUCNAACUGGGGCCUGUUUUUACAGUCUAGCAAAUUAGAGUGCAAAGUUAGAUUUCAUUCACUUACUCAAACAUCAUGUAUGGUUUCAGUAUUUAGUUUCUUCCUUUUUCAUUGCCCUACCCCAAGUAAUAUUUCUGGCAAUUUGAAUUUUUUUUCUCACUCUGUGGUCUUCCAGUUUCCACCCAUGAACACACAGAAAGAGACAAUGGCUGGAACUUUCAUCACUCCCCUUUUCUUCAAAUAAGUAAAUAUGUUUUAUUUAAAUAUAGAUAAUGAAAUUUAAAACAAUUUUCUGCAUAAAAAUACUUUCAAAUAAAUUGACUUCCUUUCUUUUUAAGUUUCUUUCUUCUCCAAUUUGUUAGUCACAAAUUAGAGAGAUUUCCCCUCACAUAUUCAUGUACAUAGACUCAUCCAGGCAAUACCAUUGUGAAAACUGAGAAGUGAAUUAAUGCAAGAACACUGGAAAUUCUUUCAGAUUUUCUCCAUUCCCAACCCCAUACUCUCUGGAAAUGAAAUCUUUAAUCAACUCAGGCAUAAAGGGCUGUACUUGUCCUGGGGGAAUGGUACAAUGUAGCAGGUUGAAUAAAUUGUUAUGUCAUUUUUCCAACAAUGUCUAGGUUAUGUGGAUUUCCACCAUUCUACAGUAAUCACGGAGCAGCCAUUUCUCCUGGAAUGCGUAAGAGGAUAAGACAGGGACAGUAUGACUUUCCAAACCCUGAGUGGAGCCGAGUUUCUAAUCAAGGUAAAAUACACAGACAUUUUUAGCAGUGGACACUUAAACCCGUUGUGAACUGUUUUCCAUCAAAUCAGUGGACGUCUUGUUUUUCUCAAGAGUUUGGCAGAAAAAAAAUAUUGGAACCUAGUCCCUAUUUCUCCUCUGCAAAGCGCAAGGUUUGUGUGUCACUGGUAAUGGUGACCUAAUAUUCUGUCGUUUGACAAGCCCUGAAACGUUGUUUGUGUUUCGUAGACUCGAGCCAAUAAGCACAUAAUGGCAGGCGCCACAAGAACCAAAGGGGAAACAAAACGCGUUGUUUCCCUUGGGAUCAGUCAUUAAUAUUGUUUUGUUAUACCAACUCAAAAAAAAAAUUAAAGUGGUUUAAUUUUCUGCCAUCACACGUUCUCGACCCAUCGAAAAGAGAAGUUAUCAGGACUCUCCCAACUGUUUAAACAAAUGAACUGAGGGGUCAUCGACUAUCCAUUGACCUAUCUAGUCCAUGGCCUUUCAGAUCAUCUGCCUAUGAAUUUUAAUGUAGUUGCUUUCUCCAUGUUCGUGCCCCUUUUAUUGCUGUAUCUUGCCAAGAUAUACUAUACAAGACUUACUAUUUUCAUCUUCAGCAAAAGAUUUGAUUCGAGGACUUUUGAGAACAGACCCUCAAAACAGGUUUACUGUGGAGCAAGUGAUAAACAAUCCUUGGAUAAAGGUAAAUACCCUAGACUCUAUAGUACACCCGUAUUUUAAAGCUGUGUUCCCCAGCAACAGACAGUAUACUGUGAGGCCAGUCUUUGUGCCCGCCCAGAAAACACUUCUGCAUUUGUAGGGACAAUUUACUCACGCGUGUAGAAGACUUGACGAAACAGACCGGGAUCACUCGCCUUUCUGUGAGCAUGGCUCACGUCGCCCUUGGGAUAUCGUUGCAAGAAACAGUUAUUGUACAAAUCUGAUGACAAACGGUGCGUUUUGUUAGAACGCUUUCUGAAAGGUAAAAUCACCGUGAAUAACACUGCGUGAUAGGCUAUUUUUUGACUGAAUGGUCGCAUCAUUAAUAAGAUUUCGUCCGCAAACUGUCGGACUUUAACUGUCGGACUGAGGACAAGAUGGUACUCAAAAGCAGUAGCAACAAAUUGCCUUGCUUCUUAUAUUCACGAUCUUAGAGGGACUUAAAUAGACCAUUGCUGGAGUGUUGGUCAUAGGUGCUGGUCCUAGCAUCCGUUAAACCCUUUAAGUCCCAAUGGUGACCAACAUCAAUUUUCUCCCAACAAUAUUCAUACCUUGUUAAUAGAUUAGGUUAUGAGAAUUUAUGAAAUGAUCACUAAAGAGAAAAUGCUUUGAUCUGCCAUCAAAUUCUCUCCACUAAUUCUUAAAGGAAAUGUGUGGAGAUCAGUUUGGAGAAUUUGUAUUUGGAUAUUGGGGCUUAAAGGGUUAACGAGGUUCUCAUGAUAUUUUGCUUAACAUCUUUUUUUGUUGACCCUGUAGGCCUACUCUGAGGUUCCAUCGACUCCUCUUCACACGGCCGCUGUAUUGAGAGAGGAGGAAGAAAACUGGCAGGAUGUCAAGGUAAUUUAGCGCUCAUCUACGAAGCAAUCAGUCUCGCCUAGUUGUUUAAGGGUCCGUCAUUUUGCGGAGCACAAAAACCCGCGUUCCAAGUUAUUUUCAUUUUGGUCAAUCCUAAUACAUAAAGGCUGUCCACUUUGAAUAGUCGUGACAUUGGCGGCCCUCAUUGCUUUAUCCUGAAAUAGUCAUUAGGGAGCUUAAACAACGACGGCGACCUCAAUGAGAACAGCACUAAAAAGCAAUAGGUUUAGCUUAGCAAAACAACUUUGCACGUGCAUCACGCUUUUUUGUACAUUCCCUUUGACGACGAUGCACGACUACAAGGUGAAAGUGCCUAAUUUCAUGUUUUGUGAACACAUGAAAACAACCUUCUUUUUUUCCUUAACUUCGAUACAGUCCUGUAGAAUUAAACCCCUGAAAAAUUCACCAAUAGUCGACUGAUUGGAGGGCAUGGAAUAAGCGCAAUGAAGUUUAAAACAGCACGAAUUCACUUUUUUAGUGACGUGUUCCCAGCCGUCGCCUUCUUUGUUGCUAAAGCUCCCUCAUUGAUCUUGCUGUCGGUAAACUACUUUUAAAUCUAGCAUUUGCUGAAGAGAAAGCUAUGAAGGCGUGGGUGAAUUUGCUGAGAUUUCAAUUGAAAAUGGGUUUGUUUCAAAACAAAAGGCAAUAAUUGCUCUUUCCAUAUAUAAAAAUGCAGAUUUGGAUUGGUUGAAUAAAACGCUACCAUUUACUUACUGUGAAUAACACGGUCUUAUGUUGUUGCACCCUGCAAGAGGAACCUCCUUUUCUUUUCUCGAGUGAGGAGGAGAAAAGGAAGUUCUGCCUGAAUCCUGUCAAGCCUUUGACGUCGCCGAAGCCCGAACAUUAGACUAGUCAAUCUUGUUUUCCAGUGUUAAACUGGUUUUAUGAUUGCGAGCAUCGGUUUUUUAAUAAACCAAUGGUCAUAGCUGAGCGCACUGUACCAAGCGCACGGCUAUUAGGCCUGGGUUCGAGACUGUAUCUUAGCAACAUGCCGCGCAUGCCCAAUAAAGAUCGUACUCGAUUCAAACAGAGGCUUUCUCGAAGGGCCACAGUCGAGAAAGUGAAUGCAAGGCGCUGCUUGCAGAGCGAUGUUGUUCACGCUAUCUUUAUUUUUCAGGACGAAAUGACCAACGCACUGGCAUCCAUGAGAUUUGAACCCGAUAAAGUGGCCAGACUUAAAGAUGUCGGUAAAUCCAGUAAUGCAUUGUUAAACCGAAGGAAGAAGUAAACUGUUAGUCAUCAAAUAUCAUGUCGACCUCAUAAGGUUUUCAAAGUGAAUUCAUUUUUCUACAAGAAAAAUAGGUGGAAUAUUUAUGUCUUGUAUCCUUCUUAUAACAUUAGCUAGGAAUGUUUCAAGACUAACGGAUUGUAAUACUGCAAUGACAGUGAUUAAGCACCGUUAGACCGUAAACGACAAAAUUGAGUUUGGAGCACUCUUAGCUUUCAAGCAGGCUUUCAUGUUGGGGUCAUGUUCGCGUCGGCUUUCGUCGCGGUUCGUCUUGCGAUCUUGACGUGAGAGCCUGUGGAUAUCUGAAAAUGUCGCGUGAGUGUAAUAAAUUGUCAUAAAACAAAUAAAAGAAUAAUACCGAAAGAGAAAGAAAAAAAAACUAAAAACAAACAAAAACAAAGACUGUCUAACGAACAGACGUAAACGAUCUUCUGUAAUUGAUAACAAGUGUUGUGUGUUUGCACUGUAAGUUCACUUUGUCUUCUAUAGCAACAGCGGUUGUCAAUUUUACGAAUAUCACUUUCAACCUUUGUAAUGUGUUGUGAUUUUGUACGUGGUUCGUAAAACAAAUACGUGUUGCACGGCAUAACAUUGCAUAAUUUAUGAACUGUGCUUGAUUGUAUUUGGAUCGUUUAGAUCCCUCAAUGUGAAUCAGGGCUUUUGAACGUAGUUGUGUUGUGCCAAUUCGCACUCCAUAAACUAUCAAUUAUAAUACUGUACUAUAAUUAUUAUAAUGCCGAAUAUUAAUAAUAUUAUUGAUUAUCUCUCAACUGGCUCGUUUGAGUCAGUGGAGAAAGCAACUUUUAACGAAACCAAGCAGGAAGAGCAGGGGCGAAAGAGCGAGUGACAGAGAGGGGACGGGGGACUUACUGAUCUGUUCUGUAGGUCCGCAUGGAUUCACAUUAGGGAGUUUAAGCAAUAAUGACGACGACGACGAAAUUGACAAAUGGCGAAAACGUCUAUUAAAAAGUGAAUUCGCGCUGUUUCAAAAUUCAUCGCUCUUAUUCACCGCCGUAGCCAGUAUGAGGCGAACCGAGGCACUCGCCUCGGUAAAAUUUACCAAUACUGUCGAUUUUUAUUUUUUUUAUCAGAUUGAUAAUAUUAGAAGAUUUCAUACGGCUGAUUUCGUACAACGGACCGUGUGUUCGCCUCGGUUGUAGUUUCUUCCUGGCUACGGCCCUGUUAUUACGUGGCUUUCAAUUUGUCCAACGCUGGCGAAUUUUUCGGGAGCUGAAUUCUAGAGCACUGUAUGUAAGUUUAAAAAAGAAUUUGAAAAGCGCUGUCUUGUGUUCAAGUCCUCCAGAAAACGUGAACUUAGGCAAUUUCACGUCGUGGUCGUGCAACAACGGCAAAUGAAUGUACAGAAGAGCGUGAGGCACGUGCAAAGUUUUGUUUUGCUAAUUUAAACCUAUUGCUUUUAAUCCGUUCUCGAUGCCGUCGUCGUUGCUUCAGCUCCUUAUUACCUUCGGUGAAGGAUAUUUUAGUCUCAUAAUUUGCUCAUUCUUUGGACAACCCAAAAUUUCACUGCUAUAGCCAUCUGUAGAGAAUGAUGACAAGUUUUGUAAUCAAAAACAAUCAGUCUGCAUUAUCUAAGGUCGGUUGGUUGCUCGCUUAGCCUCUUCCUGUUGGUUAUUUGGAUUGCUAACUGUCUGAUAUAAGUUUUAAAAAACCUACUACUGAAUUUCAGAUACCAAUUAUUUUAUUUUCAUGGAA